AUGUCGUCGUCCAGGCAAAGAGUGCAGCAGGCGCGUGCGCCCGUGUUGCCGGCUAAAACGACCCCAGAGCAAAAAUACUGGCGUGGGUUUUUGAAUCCACAGCUCAUCAAGGAAAACCAUCCCAUCACCCACAUUCACUUCAACCCAGUUUCUCCACACGACUUCGCCGUUACAUCUUCCACGAGAAUCCAAGUGUUUUCUUCUAAAACAAGACAAGUCACGAAAACCUUUUCGAGAUUCAAAGACACCGUUUACUCGGGUGAGUACAGAUAUGAUGGUAAGCUUUUGGUCGCGGCCGAUGCCCUGGGACUAGUGACCAUUUUCGACGCUUACCAGCCUCGUAAUCUCCUUGUCAGUCUAUCACCAUCAUCACAUCCUUCUCAUGUGGCUAGAUUCCAUCCUACAAUCGGUAACCAGCUUGUCACUGGUUCGGAUGACCGAGUAAUGAGAGUGUACGAUAUAUCUCAAAGCACAAGUGGGCCUUUAGUUGAGUUCGAUGACACUCACCACGACGAUUAUAUCAGAAGCUGUGCUUUUGUUCCAGGAAAUCCCAACUUGAUUUCCACUGGUUGUUACGAUGGUGUUGUCAGACUCUUUGACACCAGACAACCUGAUCCAGUCGCCAAAUUCGACCAGGGGAGCCCAGUAGAGGAUGUUUUGGCUCUUUCACCAACCACUCUUGUCAGUGCUGGUGGUCCGCAAGUCAAGGUUUGGGACUUGGCGAGAGGUUCACAGAUCCGUGAGUUCACAAACUUCACCAAGACGGCGACUUCUUUGCACGAUGCUGGAAACAGAGGUUUGCUCGUUGGUUCGCUUGACGGUCAUGUUAAAAUUUUCGACUACAGCUCGCCAAAUUGGGAUGUCAAAUUUGGCUGGAAGUUCGGAAGUGGUGGUGUCUUGUGCACUGCCGUUUCGCCUAACUACAAGCAUUUUGCAACAGGAUUGACGUCAGGUCUUCUUUCCAUCAGAACGAGGAAAACCGAGCCCAAAAUGGUGCAACAGAAACAAGAGCAUAGUCUUUCAUAUGCCAGAGCCAUCAAGGGUAAUGACUAUACCGGAGAUGAAGGUGCUCAAGUUGUGUCUACCGCAGGUACUGGUCCCAAAAAGAUCACUGCUUACGAAAGAAACCUCCGCGCUUUCAGGUGGGCUGAAGCUCUAGAUGUCGCUGUUAGUGGGGAUUAUCCAAAAGACCAGGUUGUCACUGUUUUGCAUGAAUUAAAGAAGAGAGGUAAGAUUAGGGCGGCAUUAUAUGGUAGGGAUGAGAUUUCCUUGAUGCCCAUAGUGCAGUGGUGUAUCAAGAACCUCGAAGACGUGAGAUUCUUCAAUAUUAUCUGUGAUUACCUUGCUGUUAUUCUUGAAAGUUACGGUCACUUGCUCAGCAGAAGUGUUGCUCUUGAGGAGGCUUUCAACACGUUGUCACAGCGCAUAAGACUAGAGGUGAGGAAAUGCAAGGAUGCUAAAGAAAUGAGUGGCAUGUUGGAGUUGUUGGCGAUUUGA